AUGGUGAGCUGUGUCUGGGGUACCAGAAGAUGGGCACUGGCAGGGGUGGGCAUUUCACUACCGGUGAUACCAGGCAGCCGCCUGUCUAGUGCUGAGCAGGUCGAAGUCACUAGGCCGCGCCCUGAUUGGCUCGGUCUGCAAUGGGCGAGCGAGUAUUCCGCAGGCUUCAGCUUGGAGAUCUAAACACUAGAGACUUGCAUUAACACCUAUUAGCGUUCUAUGUUGAUGGUCUCCGAGCAAAUGGCCGAUCCCAUAGACAUCACUGUAUGGAAGUGGAGACCAGUGUUUGUCUCACUGUCUCCAUUUGUCUCUAGUGUUUGAAACACAGGACAAUAAUGUGACCCUCCCUGUGCACUUUGAUUGCAAUAUUUACAUAGGAGCUAUAUUGUCUAUUGGGUUUUUUUAAGGAUUUUUUUUUACAUACUGCUCAACAAACGUGUCAUUGUGUAAUUAGGGAAUGCCAGAUCCACCCUUUAUCUAGGGACACAUUUCUUCUAUGCUGUAGAGUAGUAUAUGGUAUGAAGUGCUGCCAUGUUGAAUGUAGAAUUCAUAUGCUGCAGAAAGGAUUUUAAUGAAGAAAUCAAGGACAGCUCCUUCUUGAUUAAACAAUCAUUUUAUUUCCUGCAGUGUAUUCAUUGUAGAUACCCCAGACAGCACUUUUUUUUUUUUUUUUGCCCAAAACUGAUUUUGUGUUGAGAAAAACAAGGUGGAUCUUCUUAACUCUGGUGUAGUUCAUGGAUAACCGUAUCCUGGGGCGGCUGCUGUCACCAGAUUUUCAUACACCGCAUUCAGCAUGUCUACCAGACACCGUUGCCCCACUAGAUGCACCGUAUAGACACCGCAAAGAAAGUUGGCAAUAUUGUGUCUGGUGGCACAAGCCACACUUGAGUCUGGAUGAGAGACGUCCAGGGAUCUAUUCUAGAUGGGAACCAUCAUUUAAUAGUGGGGUCUCAAUCCUUGGGUCCAGAUCCCAGGUUGCAUCCUGCAUUGUGUGUAAUUAGUUGCUUUGUUUGUAGGUUUUUAAUAUAGUAUAUCUUUUGGUAUGUGUGCCUAAAUGUAUCUGUUCUGCUAGCUAUGCAAAAGAUUACUAAAAUACAAGAUUUUACAUAUUUAUUUUCAGAGAGACUAAAUAGUUAAAGCCUACCGUUAUCAUCUCUUCCACAGAAAUAGCAUACAGGAAAAAUCUGUGGUCACAACAAAAAUGUAAAUUAAAAUACCUUUUUCAGUUUUAUAUUGUCUACCUAUUAGGCUAGUCCUAUGUAUAGAUGAAAUAUUAUUAUUAUUCUUUGCAGAAAUGUACCUCGGUAUAUAUAUUUGUUAUUGUACAUGUGCUUUAAAACUAAUCCAUUGUUUUUCUUUUAGUAUAACAUAUGAGGUAGAUGGAAUUGUUUAUAUGACAUCUGAAAACGAUGAUAUGAAAAUCAGUCCAAACGAUAGCAGUACAAUAUGUAAAUACUCCUUCCAUUCAAUGACAAAUCCAUGUGUAAAUACAGAAUGUAACUUAAAGGAGCAUUGUAAUUACUGCUUCUCCAUUCUCUUUUAAAUGUAUAUUAAAGCGACUCUGUGACCUCCGCAUCUAAAAUGAGUAUUUCAUAAAGAUCAAAUCUUUAUUUUAUAUUUUUGUCAUUCUCUUUUUUUUUUUUUAUUGAGAUAGAUGAAUAACACAACAAGAAUAGGCUUGUCUCUUAUGACAAUUAAAGAGAGACAACGGUUCGGUCAUGUUACCAAGCAUUGAAACGAGACAUACCUCUUUUUUUUUCUUCUAUAUAUAUAAUAAUGACAUAAGGGAUGAUGAGAUGACACUACUAUGCCAUGGGUCUAACUCUCUAUACUAUGAAUUCACUUCAAAGACAUAUAAAAAAACAACACUGGUCCGAACUAAAAACUGUUCCCGUUCCCGGAGUAUUCAGGUCAUACCCGCAAGAAUAAAACACUCAGUAUCUAAUACUUACCCUGACUUCGGAGGCUUCAGUAGGGAGCAGUAUAUGGCUAGACAGUCGCCAAUUAGACAGCGAUGCACCUUAAUAUUGGCCACAGACCUGCAUACACAGUAUCAAUUAUGAUUAAAGACCUCUAACCAAGGUGGCCACGGGAGGGGGAGUGUAAUAAAUGUGAGAGCUAUAGCGAAGAAAAACCACAACAAGCUUAUACAGCCUCUGGUUAUGGCUCAGCAUACUAAAGAAACUAAUAGGCAUGUGAAAGAAAAUAGAAACGGCUUUGAAACUUUAAAGUCAAAACAAAACAUAUACGCUCAUGCCCUAUUUGCUUAGUUUCAGUUCAGGUUGCUGCUACCGGUGCUCACCUUUUGCGAGGGGUGGUCUUCGCAGGGUCCAAUGUGAGCGAUGUUGGGGUCACUGGCUCCAACAAGAGCACAAGAGCUUGGAAAAAUGAGUCUGCUUCCGACAUAGAGGAGAGUCUCAUGGUGGUGCCGCACAACUGUCAAGGUUUUUGGUAGUGUCCAUCGAUAGUCAACUCCUGCUUCCCGGAGUCGGUGGGUCACCGGACCCAGCGUUCUCCUCCAUUGAAGUGUGUUCAUGGUUAAAUCCUGGAAAAAACUGAGUUGGGAUUUAACAUGAUUUUUAUCUGGUAGAGAUUGACAUCGAAAAAUUACCUCUCAGUGUGCCAAAUGUGGUGCUUAUCUGGUUUUGCAGAUGAGGAAGAACCCUUCAAACAUCAACAUUUUUGCCUGAGCAUGUGGUAAUGCGGUCAGGCCAAUCGUGUUAGGGAUGUCUCUAACCUUUAUGUUGGUUCGGCGACAGCAGUCUUCAGCAAUAUCCAGCCUCGUGAGCAAGGUGCAGUGGGAGGACUGGAGUUGUAGCACAGUUUCCUUUAGUCCCUUCACCUCCUGCUGCACAUCUAACAUGUCCUCCUCAGAGGCUUGCACUCGAGUGGUCACCACCUGAACCUCAGUCCUCUUUAGGUCUUCAAUUCUAGCAGGAGAUUCUGAAUGUCCAGCUUGCUGGCUGUAGUUAAUGCAUCAGGGUCUGCCAGUACUUGGGUGUGACAGGUGAGCUAGGGAGACUGUGGAACUAGUGUCUUGUUCCGGCAUGGCUGCCUUCUUGUGGGCCGCAGGGCGCUGGAGCAUGGCACUUAUGUUGUAUGUAUCUCUUCUCUCACCUGUAUGUACUGUCUUGGUUUUUCGCCCCAUACCGGUGCAGGAUGCUUGUCUGCCAGUAGCAGCGGGGGAUGAGUAAGUUGGGGUGGGCAACUUAGCCACAAAUUAAACCAGAAAUGCUUGACUGUACUCGCUGUUUUGUCACGUUCUAUGUUUUGUCUCUGCAGGCGGACGUUGAAGAAACUUUAAAGAGGAUCCAGGGACAGAAGGGAGUGCAAGGAAUUAUUAUUGUAAAUUCAGAAGGUGAGACUGUGUUCUAAGAACAAGGAUGGACAUUUCGGGAAACAGAAUAUAUUGUGCAAAUGACUUGCUGUGUAAAAGAGAUAUUUGUAGGAUGUAAUGUAUUGAACCUAAAGAAAUUGGUUCUUUGAAUAUCUGGCACCUAAAUUUGCUCAGUCCUUGGACCAGAUUAAAUCCCUGAAUGCAGACACAUUCAGUGCAUAAUAACCCAACCAAGAAAUGUUGGAAACAUACUGAUUCUUGAAAUCUUUGUUGAAAAAAAGUUAAUGAGAAAUAUAUUUGGUUUGUAAAAGUGUUAAAGGGACACUAUAGGCAUCCAAACCACUUCAUCUCAAUGAAGUGGUCUGGGUGCCGUGUCUCUGUCCCCUUUACCAGAUAACCACUGAUUUUGAUUCCGUGAACCGAUGCUGGAUGUACUCACGCGCUGCAUGUAGAUGUCUAGCGUCAGAGAAAACCCCAUAGGAAACCAUUGAGGCAAUGAUUUCCAGUGGGGAAGGCCUAAUGCGCUCACCGCGCAUGCAUAUUAUGGCCCCCAUCAGAUGAUGAUGGAGGAGGAGGUCGACGACCAGCGCCGAGGAACUUUUGCCAUAUAAUCUGGUAAGUGAAUAAAGGGUUUAACCCUUUACAUCGCAGAGAGGGGAGCUGAGGAACAGGUUAGACAAUAUCUGAAGCGAGGAAUGAUACGAUUCUAUUUAAAGGACACUAUAGGCACCAUCACCACUUUGUCUAAUUUAAGUGGUUAUGGUGCCUGGCCCACUCUUUAGUGUGUAAAAUCUGUUUUUAAACGGUUCAACACAGAAUGAGGGUCGCCAGGCAUCUGCAGCCUGACCUCUCUCUCUUUACUUGCGUUCUGUCACUGGUGCCCAUCAUUAAUAUAAGUUACAGUGAGAGUUACUGUGUGGAGUUACAGUGAGAUGACAUGGUUAUGGUGCCUAUUUAAUACCACAUUUCUAUGGUUAUGACAGCCAUCAUACUUCUGAUCAUGGAGUUAGUGCAGAGGCAGGAGCAAUGUUUAAAUGCUGCUCUUCCUCCUAGGUUUUUUAUAUCAUGACUCAAACCUAGUGUCUUUUAUUCUAGGCAUCCCAAUUAAAAGUACAAUGGAUAAUGCAACCACAGUGCAAUAUGCUGGUCUAAUGCAUCAACUCGCAAUGAAAGCACGCUGCUCAGUGCGAGAUAUUGACCCUCAAAAUGAUCUGACAUUCUUCCGGAUUCGGUGCAAGAAAAAUGAGAUAAUGGUUGCUCCAGGUAAUCCAGGAGGGGACAGCUAUUUUAUUUAUUAUAUAUAUUUAUGUAUGUGUAUAUCAGUGUUAAUUUUGUCGACUAACAAUUUUAGUCGACUAAAAUUUUUGAGAUUUAGUCGAUUAAAACAAUUCAGAUGACUAAAACUAAAAUGGCUUUUUGGUCAAAAGACUAUGACUAAAACUAAAUUGAAAUUUGCCGCCAAAUUUAACACUGCACAGAGGGGCUGUGGAAGGGGCAAAAUAGACAGACCAGGGCUUGGGAGAGAGAUACAUGGAGGGGCUGGGAGGACACACAGAGACACAAUGGGGGCUGGGGAAGGGGCAAAAGAGACAUAUAGAGGCUUUAACUAAACCCAUUCGAUUUUAGUCGUGUUGAUUAAAAUCUACUGGCGAUUUAGUUGACUAAAACUUAAAUAAUUCAGAUGACUAAAAUACGACUAAAGCGUAAUUGACUUUUUAGUCAAAAGGCUAAAACUAAACUGAAAUUUAGUUACAGCACCACAAUCUUUGUUUACCUACUUCAAAAAAAUAUCUAUGUCAAUUUCUUUAAAUUCUGCAUGAGUGACCGGUUUUAUCAUUUACAACUCCUGGAGAUUUGUAGUUGGGCCUUUAUAUAUUUAUUUGCUUUUUAGAAUGAACAUCAGUUUGCUUCCCAUAGGGGCAAAGAGAACUGACUGAUAGCAUUUGUAGGUCCCACCAUUUAUUACAUACUUCCCAGCUAUGUGACAUAUGGAUCAGGGGAGGGGUGGGCAGACUGGCAAAGGAUGGGAUGUGUCAGCCUCACUCAGGGUAGCCUGUGCCCUAAGUUUACUCGUUUUGUGCAAGCGUCUCUAAUAACAUACUUUUUUUGCUCAUUGGUGUCAUUUAUCCUGGUGUCCCUAUAUGUGGGUACACUGGAAUAAACCUGGGAUGGCGGGACUGGACCCCAAAUUCUGGUUUGUCUUGUCGAACCUUCGCCUGUUGGGAUGGCCUGUUGGGCUAAAUUUACCUGAAAUAUUCACUAUACCAAUAUUUAAUAUAACACUCAAGUGAAUGCACAAUGGGCUGCUCAUAAACUUGCACCAGGGCAGGACGGUUUUAUGCACACAGAUCUCCAUUUGCAUCAGAAUCAAGAAAACCUGGGCCUUAGACAUGCAUUAUCAGUCCCAAUAAAGCAUUAAUUCAAUGUAGACUAUAAGGAAAUGAAAACUGCAUCAAGCAAGCCAGGACAAGCGCUGGAAAUGAAAAAGUUUAUUAGGCUCCUUAAACACCACAGGGGUGAUUGGUUAAAAAAAAGUCCUUAUUUCAGACUUCUUAGUCCUUAAUCAUAGGUUCAUUCCUAUGAUUAAGGAACAAGCUGUCUGACAUGCAUAAGGACUUUUUUGUGAUCCCCCUGUGGUUUAAGGUGCCGAAUAAAUGCUUUUGUAUCCAUCGUGAGUACUUGUCCUGGCUUGCUUAAUGCAGUCUUAGUUUCCUUGUGGGUCCGAGGUUUAAAGUGUCCUCGCCUGGCGUCUUCAGUGGUUAAAGGUGAGCAAAACUUUGUAUCCUUUGUUUUUAAAGUUAAAUACUUUAAUUUUUGCUCCAGCCAAGACAGCAGUAUACUUUACAUGUAAGCCUGAUCCAAGUUGUAAAUUGUAGUCCAAAAGCACUUGGAUUAAAGAGAUCUUUGCUUAAAAGGGAAUUUAAGAAAUGCAUGAUUUAAUCCCACAAUGUGACGGUCCCAAACUGGGUCUUGGUUUCAAGUUUCCAUCCCUGUGCUUUGAUAAGUGUUGGAAAAUAGGGUGCAGUAACCCAGUGAGACAGGAGUCGGAUUUAGCAGAGAGAGCAACAUAAAGCUAACUACUAACAAUUAUACUGUCCUACAAGCAAAGUAUCUGUUUUAUCUUGAUCCUUUUGUGUUGGAUUCUAAAUGACAUUUUGUCUCUUUUUUUUUUUUUUUUUUUCAGAUAAAGAUUACAUCCUAAUUGUUAUUCAGCAGCUAACCGAAUGA